CGAUUCGUCAGUAAGCUAGUAUGUCAAUGGUGAUACAGCAUUUUGGCAAAUAGUUGCAAACAUUAGUUACAUUUGCAUUGUUUCUAUUUUUUCAUUUUUGUAACAAUAGCCUCUCAGCCGUGAUGGACGCACUCUUUUCCAGGCUCUUCUCCUCGGAAGAAGAGGAACUGUACAUUUUGGACUGCAUGGCUUACUCAAUGGCUUUCAUGGCAGCCUGCACUUUCGUUACUUUGCUUUUCGAAAAUGUCCCAUACGGACGAUAUGCUACCAGCAAAUAUGGAUUUCCAGUUAAUGUCAGGCUUGCUUGGUUCGUUCAGGAGCUGCCUGCGUUCCUGGUACCUUUGUGUCUGGUAGUUUGGACAUCAUCUGCGAAAACCUCACGACUGCCCAACCAGCUGCUCAUUGCCAUGUAUUUCUGCCACUAUGUUCAGAGAUCCCUUAUUUAUCCGUUUUUAAUCCGAGGAGGUAAACCAACACCAUUCGCCUCAUUUGUCCUGGCCAUUGUUUUCUGCAUCUAUAAUGGCUACAUGCAGAUCAGGUACCUGAGCCAUUAUGCUGAGUACCCUGCAUAUUGGGUUACACAUCCAUGCUUCAUCACAGGGUCCAUACUGUGGUUGGUCGGGUGGCUGGUGAAUGUGCACUCUGACCACAUCCUGAGGAACCUGAGAAAGCCCGGAGAGACUGGUUACAAGAUUCCCACAGGCGGAAUGUUUGAAUAUGUGUCUGGAGCCAACUUCUUAGGUGAGAUAACAGAGUGGGCUGGCUUCGCUCUGGCUAGCCACUCUGUUCACAGUUCAGCUUUUGCCAUCUUUACCACAGUGGUCCUCGCCAGCAGGGCUGUGGCCCACCACAAAUGGUACCUCGCUAAGUUUGAAGACUACCCUAAAAGUAGGAAGGCACUGAUUCCCUUUCUGCUCUAGAAAACACAGUGGGUACUAUAAGCCUGAAAAGCUACUGGUUCUUACAAUGGCUAAGAAUAAAAUUUUCACAAUAAAUUCUUAUAAUGUAGGAAAGCUCUAAUGUCAGAACAAACCUGACAUUGAAAACAGAAUCAAUCACAGGCUGCAUGCUUUUAAAUUCUCUCAUCUGAGCUGCAAGCAAGCAACGGUUAAAAACCAUCAUCUUAAAUGGAUUAGUAUCAUUACCUUUGCUUAUUACUUUGUUAAUAAUGUCCAUAAAGCACAAAAUAACCUCAAUAACCAUGAACUGAAUGUACUGAAAGCGCUAUGUUUGCUGGAGAGGCAACAUUCAGCGCCCCUCCAGAGGAAAUAAGCUAUCAAAUGGAGUAUACCUCAACAGUAAUACAGUGGAUUUAUAACACUCUGCACCAGCAAGAAACACUUUUAAGACUCUCCGCUGAUCUGUAUAUUCCCCCAGAUGGAACAUAAACUUGGAAAUGCAAAGCAGACACUUCACUCUCGAGUCAUCUGUUGCAAGUGCAUCUUUUUAACAUCCAUUUGAAUUGCACAGAUGAAAGACGAAGGACCUCGAAUUAAGUCCCAAUACAUUUCCCUACCUCAUUUUGCUCUGGGUAAAAACUUUUUACUACUCGCCUUAUCAUCUCAAACUCCUGGAAGAGAAGCCACUUUGGAACAAAAGGUAACUGCAUCGCUGUCCUGUAAAGACUUGAGGCUGUAGCAGGCCUGUCCACAGCUACUGGGCUGCAGGGAAUCAAGCAUGGCCCUCAAUAACUCAGCCAUGCCUGAAAUGAGAAGAAGAUAGCAUUGCCUCAACACGUCACUCCUGUCGGGGCUUCUGAGAAAGAGAGCAAAGAAGACCUGGUGGAGAGAUGAAUGAGUUAUGUUCAAAGCAGAAGCUCGUUUGACGCAAACAACACUGAAUGGAUGAGCUUGUGUGCGACUGAAUGGAAAGAGGGAGCCUGGGAGAGAAGAUACGAAAAUUAAACAUUGGAAUCGAUUCUUAACAUUCUGUUUUUGUUUCAUCUUAUGAGUGGGAGUUGGGACUUUUCUGAAAUCAUGUCUUAUUUUAUAUACUAACAAUGUGAUCUGCUUUAUGUUCAGUAUUUCUCACAACAGGUUUAGAUAGGAAACAAGUGCAAUUAUCUCAUCCACUUUUUCACAAGUUGAAUUCGUAUGCAAGUGAAAAUGACAUGAUUGCACCGAAGCUGAGUUUAUACUGAAGUGCUCCCUAUCCCCAAAAGUGCCAGCUGCAGUUUCCUCUCAUAACUCUUAAUCAGUUCUCCCUUUCCAGUCACAGUCAAGGCCACGUCAUUAUGAAUUUUAUGAAUGUGUUGUAUUUGAAAAAAUAUAUAUAUUUUGUCAUCUUUUUUACACAUGGUCUCAUCAAUAAAUAAUAGGACCUC